UCAAAAUUUCAUGGACAUCGUAUACCUCAAACAAAGAAGUGCUUCAUCAUCCCUAGGCCACAUACUGAGAAAUAAUAAGUACCAAUAUGCCCAACUUAUAGUGAAAGUAAAAAUUGAGGGAAAGAGAGGCCUAGGAAGGAAAAGACUAUCAUGGCUCAGAAACAUCCGACAAUAGACAGGGCUAAAUUUUGAACAGCUAAUAAGAACAUCUGAAGAUAGAGAAGAGUUUAAAAUUGUAGUAGCCAACAUCCAUUGAGAAGAGGGCACUUUAAGAGGAAAAAGAAGGAAAUCCAAUAAUAAAGUCUAAACGUGUAACAAACAAUGUAAACUUAUCUUUGAUAUGAACAUCGAAGAU